UCGUCCAAACGCUCACUCAAAUAAAAAAGUGGUGUUCGGAGCAUUGCAUGCUCGCAAAUUUAUUUCUCUUUCUUUCAUCAUACUUUCAAAAAUCACUGUUUGUCCAUCCGAGCUUUCCGUAGUUUACGGGAAAGUAUGACGUGUAUUAUUUAUCAUAAACAGCGUGUGACACGGAUAUGGUAACUCUGGUUGUUGAGGAUAUUUAAUUUUACGAGUAACUGAAAAGUAUACAGAAAUUUUAUUUGUAACUGAUGUAUUCAAGAGAGAAUGGCGUCAGAUUUAAUGUUCGACUUAGAAAACCACUUAAACCAACACCGCACUGGGAUGAAUAACGAUACAGGAGAUAUCUGUAUCGACCAAGACGGCGAAUGGGACAUCAGCCUUUUUGAUGAGCUGGAGGACAUGGGGGAUGCUGAUGAGCUGCUACGUGCCUUGGAGGAUGUACCCUAUGUUGGAGAGGUCCUGGACCUGGACCUGGACCUGGACCUGGGUUUUCCUCCCUGGAACUCGGAAGCUUGUGGAGACACCAGCAGCAGCUGCACAGAAGCCGAUAUGAGCGUGGACUCCUUCUCCCCGAACCCCACGCUGAGCUCCGUGUCUUCUCCCGGCUCGGUGGAAGCUCCGUCCCCUUACGGCCUGUCAGACGAGCUGUUGUCCCCCCAGUCCCAGCCGUUGUCCCCUGAGUCUCAGCCGUCCCCGGCGUCCAGGUCCCCCGAGCGUUUCAUUUCCUCCAAAGUCACCCUGGGGAGGAAGCCUCAGAGAAGAGCUAAUCAGUCCAGAGUGAAAUCCUCACAGCCUCUGAAACGGCCCAUUCAGCUGACCCCCAAGGUGUCCAUCCAGCCCAAACCAGUCAUCACAGCCAUGCCCAUCCCCCACUCCACUGCCCCUCUCCAGGCCAAGACCAUCAUCAUCCAGCCCCUGCAGGCUGUGUUACCUGGCACCAAACCGCCUCCUGUCACCAUCCAUCCAGCGCCUCCUGCUGGACGUCCGUUGGUGUUGCCGCAGCCGGCCAACAUGCUGCACCUGCGGAGCCCCCAGAUGGCCCAGCCCAUCCUGACGUUCCCCGACUGCUUGGUCGCCGUGCCGACGCUCUCCCAGGACGGACGUGCCCCUGCGGUGACCGCCACACGGCCUGUAAUCUGCAACACCGCGAUGGACGGAGACACAAACGUUGAGCAGAGGCAGCAGCGCAUGAUAAAGAACCGCGAGUCAGCUUCGCAGUCCCGGAAGAAGAAGAAGGAAUACUUGCUGACCCUGGAGGCCAGGCUGAAGGUGGCGCUGUCUGAGAACGAAAAGCUUAAGUGUGAGAACGGCUCGCUAAAGAAGCAGCUGGAGGGUCUGGUGACGGAGAACGGUGUUCUGAAAGCUACAGCCCCCAAAAGGAGAACUGUGUGCCUCCUGGUGGUCCUGGUGUUCCUCAUGAUGAAUGCUGGCCCACUGAGGCUGUUGCGUGGGAACUCCAGUUCUAAGCUGUCAGCCGGGACCAUGAACAGUGGCAGACAUCUGCUGGGCGUCUCCCCUGACGGAGAGAACCUCAUAGGCCGGGAAACACCUGAAACCACCAUUCCCCAAGCCCCUAACAGAUAUGUGGCCCCAGAGAAGAAGGCCCUGAUGGUGGUAAAGAAGGAGCCCCUCUUCCUUGGGCCCCCACCACCAUGCCAGCCCUCCAUAAACAGGACCAAGUCUAUCAAGAUGGCCCAUGAGCUGCGGGGGUGGGUCCAUCGGCACGAAGUGGAGAGGACGAAGACCAGACGGAUGACCAACAGCCAGCCCAAAAUCAAAACAAUCCUGAAAUCGCCAGACGAGAAGGCUGAAGUUGCUCAGAUCGUGAGUGUUCAGUACACGGAUAUGUCUGAAAAGAGUCAGGGUAGUGAACUUCAGGUCUACUACGCCCCACACCGCAGUCACUACGACUUCUUCGAGGAGAUCCACCGUCGGGGGGACACCUUCUACGUUGUUUCCUUUCGCAGGGAUCACCUUCUGCUUCCUGCUACAAACCACAACAAGCGGAGCAGGCCCAAGAUGUCAGUGGUGUUACCCGCAAUGGACAUUAACGACAGUGUGAUUAAAGACAAAGAGUAUGAAACAAUGAUGCAGAUCGACUGUGAAGUCAUGGAUACCAGGAUCCUCCACAUAAAGUCCUCCAGCAUCCCACCAUUCCUGCGUGUCAAUCACACCGACUCCUCCUAUCACUCGGGCCCAGUCCAUGGCCAGGCCACACCUCCAGUCGGAGUAUUGACAGGCUCUGCUUAGACUCGGAUACCUUAAGAAAAGUAAACAAGAUGCACAGAAUUUAUUUAUUUACAAGUGAAUAAAGAAGGAAGAUAUUUACAAUUAUUUUAACUGACAAUACUCUGGAAAAACAAUGGGAUUUUGCUCAUUGACUUUUUUAUUUUUAUAUUGGCACCAAAUCCCAGAACUGAAUUUCUGUUGUCUCUUCACUUAUUUGGGUGAAAAUAAUGUUUGAGUCUUGCUUGAUAUGGAAUCUAAAAAUCUGAAAGCCUCCAGAAUAUUUGAAAUGGGGUCUGUCAGCUGACUGUGCUCUUUUCAGCUCCUGUUUUCAUCACAGUUACUGGGGACAAGCCAUUUCCUGGCUGCGACCCCAGACUCUCCUCAUCAGGAUAAUUGGUAAAUAACAGUGGGGGUCCCAGCAUUGAACCCUGAGUAACCCCUUCAAAGCACAAAUAAUUUAAAUGUAUUGCUCACCCCCACGUCCUGUUCAGAAUGCCAUCAUGUAUUGAGCCACAUUUUUACUUUCUGGAAUAUUUAUUAAAACAUAAUUUGGGGUUCUGUAUAAAACCUGAAAGUGAGAAAAGAUUAUUUAUGUUGUGAUGAGGUUUUUUUUGUGUUCGAGACUAUCGCCUCGCCUCUUCAGCUUUUGCACUGUGUUUUGUUAAUGAAAGGUAAAAUUUAAUAUUUCUGCCAAUGUUAUUUAUUUAUUACAGCUGUGACUAUAAUUCUGGGUUCAAUUUCAGUGGAAGGUUUAUGCAAACAUGGGCAUUAAUACAUUUAAAAGCCUGUAUCUUCAGUAGAUAUUCUAGGAAGUUAUUAUGAAGAAUUAAAUUCUAAAGCAAAUGUCAAUGCAUGAUUUAUGUGCACAAUUCACACACACGUUUCUCCUGUGAUAUUGAAAAUGUAUUUUAAAGCCUUCAGCUACAGUCAAAUGAACCAAUAUACAGAUGUUCUGACUCAUAGUCCUCAUAGACUCUGGUCUUAUGGUGUCCAAAGGUGCACCCUCCAUGAAACCCUCCAGGAGCUAUACUGGUGUUCUGAGCGUGAAACAUGAAGAGUGUUCCCAGACUUCAAAAAGCGAUUAAUCAGGAUAUUCCUCACCUUGUGAGGAGCAUUCUUAUUGCAUAAAAAAACUUUGAUUGACACAAGAAGUUAAAUUACUUGUACUUCAUGGCUUUGGGCAUUCAUUAAAAGUGUUUUACAAAUUGGCAAAGACAAAGUUUGAUUUGGAAUUGUCUUUCAGUGUACAAGGACAUCUAAAUGAAAUGAAACAACAGAAUGGAAACAGAAUUUGCAUAUUGUGCUAUAUGCAUUUGAGCUGUACAAAAUUUAUUUUAAAAGAAUUGUCACAUGAUUUAUUGACUAUUUUUAAAGGAAUACACCAAUAUUUGGGGAAAUAUACCUGUUUGAUGGUAAAGGUGUUCGAUUUCACACCUAUACCAUCAAACAGGUGUUCGAUUUCAUUUUUGUGCAUUCACUGGCUUGGUUUCCAUGUUGGAAUAACAUUUUUUUUUUAAUCUGAAGCUUUCUUAUUUACACAAGGUAUCGUGUAUUUGAAAUACAUGUGUUGGGGGAAAAAAAACUACUAGAAAAGAGAAAUGUUGUUUUUAGAGAAGUUAGAUGGUUGGAACUAUAACCACUGAACAUGCAUGUAUCCUUCUGUCUUCCACUGGUUGAGCGCAGUGAUCCGCGCACCCUCUGACAGUGAAGCUAGAUACAGAACAAAGCGCACUCACUCACUUGUAAACAAAACAAUCAGUGGAAGACGGAAGGAUACAUGUGUGUUCAGCGGUUAUAGUUAGUUAUAUUUCAAAUACACAUUAUGUCUUGCGUAAAUAAGACAGCUUCAGAGUUGCUACAAGGUGUAUUUCUUCACUUUGAAGGAGGUUGGCUACUGACUCCUAUAGGUUUCAAGUCUUUAUACUAAGGUAACACGUUAUGCUAACAUGCACAACCGAGCCAGUGAAUGUGCAAAAAAAAAAAUGAAAUUGAACAUCUCGUCUUGGUCUGGGUAAGUGGGUAAAAAGGUAUAUUUCCCAAAAUGUUGGAGUAUUCCUUAAAGAUGCUCGCUGUAUUCAGUCGUCUAACUGUUAGUUAUAGUACUGUAGUCUGUGCCACAGUCAAUGCUGAUGGGAGGGUUGAAAGCAGGACCAAGUAAAGUUUUAUUUGGUGAAAUUCAGUUUUCUGAAUAUGGUAUUGUAACUGGAUGUUUUUUUUUUUGUUCAUGGAUUUUGAAGAUGAAGCUAAACAUUAUCAGUCUAAACUCAUGUUACCUGUAAACAAUUUUUUUGUUAAAAGGUUCCAACAACUAUUUAUUUAUUUAUUUUCCUUUACAUUAUUUUACUUAAACUUGUUUACCUGUGUUUGUUUGGAUUUUGAGCUUAAUAUCUUUGAUUUAAUUCAAAUGCGUGAGAUUCAGAAUUAUUGUCUGUUACAUUCAGGGAGUCGGGCACAAAUAACCUGUAUAACUAAAUGAAAUAUACUUAAUAAACAUAAUUUCAGGCCAGAUUGUUUUAAAUAAUGAUAUAAGUAAAGGAAAUAAAGCACUGGAAGAAAA